CACGAAAAUCCGGCGGCGGUGGGGGACGCGCGGCUACAUAAGGAAGGUCCCGACCCCCGAAGGGUCGCAGUUGCCUCGAAAUUUCGAAGCCGGCGUGCUCAUGUUCGUCCGUGGCGCGUCCACGCUCGUUGUUCAUCAUCGACGCGAUCGAACGCGAGCCGAGUGAGAGCUUCACUGCUAACGCGGAGUUCCGACAACGCGAGUUGGCUUUUGUCCUUGCCUUGCCGGACAUUUUCUUCUCCCUUCUUGUGGUGACGUACGCGAGAACGUAGUCGAGGACUCGAACAGCCGAACUCUCAACCCUCAUGGAGACCGCGUGGUUGAUCUUCGCGACGAUAUGCGCCGCGAGCUGCUCGCUGGUGGUCAGUUUCGACCUCGGACCGAUGAUCUGGACCGCCCAGUGCCAAUCCGAGUGCUUGCGACAGUUUAGCAAGAAGGAGGAGUUCCGCAAGAUAAGGAUGUGGAGGAGCAAGGACAAGGACUUUCACGAGUGCGUCAGGUAUUGCGCGCAGUGCCACAUCGGGCAAGACCGGGCAAGAAGGGAAUGCUGGCAGGACAGCGCGCUGAAACGCAUUUUGAAGCGUUUCCCUCAGGACACAUCACUAGCCCGGAAGAUCGCCUGUGAAUAUUGCAACACACGAGAGCUCACAGAAAACUAUGAGCCGUCGAUGCUGCCAGCGCCGGAGGACAAACCGAUCCCGAUGGGCCUGUACGACGUGGCCAUCAUAUUCAAGAGACAACAACAACGCUGGCAGUUCCACGAGUUCUACUACGACAGGAUUCCAAUCGACAAGGUAUACCCGUGUCAUUGGAUCAUCGUCGUCACGGAAGACGGUCCACGUCACUACAUCUGGGAACGGUGGGUACCAAGCUUGGACUCGCUCAAGGAGGGUCCGCUGUUCGAGGCGACCAUCUCGUGGCGGAACGUGCGCCAACAGCUGGAACUCCAACGGAAACUCGAGGGGAUUGGCAUCGCCAAUGACCACCGGCACCAUCUACAGCUGUCCAGUGAGAAAGUGCUGGCGAUGAGCCACCGCGGCGACGUGCUGCCGCGACUCCAAGAGCUUUUCUGGAAGCCGGAGUUGUUCAACAAACACCCUAGGAGCUGCCACUUCGAGCAUGACGACAGCAGCAACAAGUCGCUCGUGGUCACUUGGGGCCCAGAGACCGGCGGCCUCACCGGCAACCAGGUGACCGACGGCGACUCGGCGCAGAUAUCCUUGCUGCCCGGCUUCAAAUAUCACGUCAGGGUCGCGUCCAACGACGGCCCCGGUAGCUUCCCCAUCGUCGUCGACACCCGGACCGUCGGAAACUCCUCUUCGUCGUCUUCGUCUCCGUCUCCGUCUCCGUCUUCGUCUUCGUCUUCGUCUUCGUCUUCGUCUUCAUCUCCGUCUCCGUCUCCGUCUCCCUCCGUCUGCGACCUUACUUGCAGCGUAAAACAGAUUGCCCAGACUGGCUGGAAAUAUGUUCUCAUCCUCUUCACCGUGACGUUUCUAAUGUACUGCUAUAUCCUGCUGGACGCAUUUUUCAUGAAGAAGUCCACACAAACGUGGGAGAAGGCGUAAGCGAUUACGCUAGGAUCGAAGGACCACUCAGGACCCUCGCUUUCAUGGCGAGAACCACCGACUACUCAGGGAUAUACCUUGCCGUUGCCUCCGGCGACACGACGGACAGUCACUUUCGGCGGCGAGCGAGGAGCACGGAAAGCACUUGUCCAUCUAGCGCGAGUACGAUCUUCGGAGAUGUACCGUUAUAUCUUGGAAUAAAUCCCGCGGUUUCGAAAUUGGUUCCUCGAACUCUUCGGAAGAACGCUUCGAGAGGAGAUCGCGAGACACUACGAAGGAUAUUCGCGGGGAAUCGAAGAAGGGGAAAAAAGAAGAAGAGAGAGGGAGAGAGGAAGAAUACGUGAAACGACUGAAGAAUUGUGAUUCAAAGAUAGGAGAGACGAGUCGUGCGAUCUUCAGACAUUUGUAACCUAAAAAUACGAGUUUCUCCGCCUUUGUACAAAGAGAAGACGCCGCAUCUCCGCCGUGUCUCGAGACUAAUAACGAUACGUGACAUUUCAACGGCCGACGUUAAUGUUACUAGAUUGUUUGAUACUAUUUUUAUAACAAAUCAAAAGCAACCGCUCGUCGCACGAAUGUCAGACAGUCCGGGUGUUGUUACGGAAUUUGGACGGAAGCUUAACGAUCAGUAGGGUUCGUAGCCGGUGUUGAGGUUUAAAGGGCUUGAGACGAAGCGGUAAAAAUGUCAACGAGAGUUGACACAAUAGCUGCAACGCGUAUUCACGCGACAAUAGUCGCGAUAACAAUGCCCGUGGCGUGCGUUUCAACGCGUUGUAUGCGAUGCAUUGCCUCACGGCCUUCGUGUUCGAAGGAGAAGCAAAUGCCCCUUUUCGCCCUCAUGCUGGCUGCGCGGCUCCGGAUAGGGCAAAUACGAGAAAUGGUAGCAUUUUAGCCGAAGUUGUACAGGUUCUCGGAUGAUAUUUUUCUACGUGAGGAAGACGGAGAACGCGAAAAGCACACGGACUAGAACCACCAUUCUUGCUCAAUGCGCAACAAACAGACUGUACAAGAGUUCCUAUCACCGAAGAAUCGGCAGCAACGAGCGCGUGUUGCGCACUGUAUUUAUUUGUAAAUAGUUACAAUGUAGUCUGUAAAUAGUUAGCGAAAUAAAUGUAAGUCGAAAG